AUGAAUUAUCAGAGUCAAUUAAAUGAUAGUUUAAUAGAACAAAAUCAAACAUAAGUGUAUUUACCUAAUUUUCUUUUUGAAUAAGCAAGAAAUUAAUUAUUAAAAAAGAACCAAAUCAAAAUAGUUGUCUCUAGCAUCAAAUAUUGUUUAGGAAUGCUAGUGGUAAGAACAUUAAUAUUUUUAGAUCAUUUUAAAAUUAAUAUUAUAGACAAAUUAAAUUGAUGAUUUGGUUGAUGAUAGCUUUUUAUUUAGUCUAAAAAAUAUUGAAUAUUGGCUUUAUUUAGUAGGUAAUCAUAUUAUUUACAUAAGUCAUUCAUAGUUUUAUUGGCAUUGUCUAAUAUAAAAUCAUUUAAAAAUUCUUAAUUAAUAACUUAUUAGUAUUAUCUUUAGCUCUAAAAAUGGAUUUAGUUAAUAUUAUAGUUUUAGAAUAAGGUUUGAAUUAACAGCAACUAGAAUAAUAGAUUUAAGAAUAAAAUGAAUUAUAGAAUCAAUAACUCGUUGAUAGACUUUUGUUAUUUGAUUAAAGAAAUAUAACAAUUACAAAAAUAAGUGAAGAACUAUAUGUACUAAUAAAAUACUUAUAUUAGGAAAAACUACAGGGAAAAAAUAAGUGUUUAAUAUUCUUAAAUAAAUUUAUGAUACUAAUCUUUUUUAUCAUCGAAAUGUUUGCAAUAUUGUUCUUGUUUUACAGUUCUGAAAUAUACGUUAUAGAUACUUUAUAUUAUUAUAUAUGCAUGAGUUAUAUGAUUUUAGUAAAUAUCAUAUAAUAGAUAUAGGUUGUAAUAAUAGGAUUAAACUAAUAUUUUUCAACAUUUGCUUUGGCAUUUUUGUACAUAAUAUUUUUGCCAAUAAUAAUAGGAUAUUAAAUUUAUUAAUGGUUUCGAAAAAGAGAGGAAAGAAGUAUGGAGAAAAAAAAAGUUGUAGAUAUUUUUGAUGAAAUCAUUUUUGAUAAGAAAGAACAUCAAAAUGAUAGUAUAAAAAUCACUUUAAUUUUUUAUAGUUAAUGACUGUGCUAUAUGUAUGUGCUCUUUUGAAGAUAAUGAUAAAGUGAUUAUUUUGACAUGUUCAGAAAAACAUGUAUUUCAUACAGAUUGCAUAGUUGAUUGGUUGAAACUAAAUAGUAAUUGUCCAUUAUGUAGAAAAUAAGUAGUGGAUGAAAAAUGA